ACUCCGUUACCAUUUCUCAUCACAACUCACAAGCACUUGAGAAUUCACUUCCACAAACUAGUCAGAGAACAAAAGAGAAAAUGUCUGGAAUCAUCCACAAGAUCGAAGAGAAGUUGGGCAUGGGAGGCCACAAGGAGGGAGAGAAGCACGGCGAAGACCACAAGGCCGCAUCCCAUUCCGAGCACAAGCCCGAACACGGGUACGGCGAGCACAAGCCCGAACACGGGUACGGAGAGCACAAGCCGGAGCACAAAGAGGGCCUGAUCGAGAAGAUCAAGGACAAGAUCCACGGUGAGGGUGGGGAGCACGGAUCCAAGGACGAGAAGAAGAAGAAGAAGGAGAAGAAGAAGCACGAGCACGGCCACGAACAUGGCCACAGCAGCAGCAGCGACAGCGACAGCGAUUAAUUCAGGUGUGCUUGAAUCAUGUGAUGCUGAGAUUAUCUACUCUACCGUUGGUUGCUUGCAAAUAAGGGAAGAUUAAAAAAAAAAAA